UAAUGCGUGCGCACUUUUGUGAGUGACCCUGAACUCACAUGUAAUAAUUUUGCCUGGGUUACAAAUUUAAAUAGCGAUAAUGAGUGUAACGGGGCUCCUGGGUUUUUUCAGGCGCUCGUUUUUUCACCUGGAAUCAAGGAUUCUACAAGCGAUCGGUUUUAAUAGUCGUGCAGUAGUUCCUGCUUUGUCAGUCCAGGGUCCUGGCAUCUUUCCUCAACCACACAGAAAUGAGGAGACUGAAGAGCACAGCUUUCUGGAUAACAUGUUCUGGAUGGCAGCUCCCAAAAAGAGACGCACCAUUGAAGUCAACCGUUGUCGAAGACGCAACCCACACAAACUCAUCGAAAUAAAGACUAACAUUGAGCCUUGCCCAGAAUGUGGAAAUCUGAAACAGAAGCAUGUUCUUUGUGGCUUCUGCUAUGAAAAGGUUCGGCGUGAGACGGCCAUAAUCAGAGGGCAGAUUCAGGCGCAAGAAGGAAAGCCCUUAAACAACCCUGCAGUGGAGACGGUGGUCCUGUACGAAGGGGAAAAGCCUGCAGCUACAGAUGCAGGCAAGAGGAUCGUGGAGAGGAAGAGGCAGCGUCCCUCCUGGUUUACACAGUACUGAUGUAGUAGUGGCAGCUGUGAAAUACAUUUUUGUAACAAGUAA